CAUAUAUUGGAAUUAAUCUGGAAUUAAUGUUUGACGGUUAAUUUGUUUACUUGUGUUUUUCGUUUUGUCGUUAAAAAUUCUGCGAUACAAAUAUUAUAUACCAUCACAAUGCCGAGUGAAAUGAUAACGCUUCAGCUUGGCCAAUGCGGCAAUCAAAUCGGUUUCGAGUUUUGGAAGCAACUAUGUAUAGAACACGGUAUAUCCCCGGAAGGCAUAUUGGAAGAGUUUGCUUCGGCUGGUUCUGAUCGUAAAGAUGUAUUCUUCUACCAAGCUGACGACGACCACUACAUACCCAGAGCAGUACUUUUGGAUCUGGAACCUCGUGUUAUCCAUACUAUUAUGAAUUCACCGUAUGCUAAGUUAUACAAUCCAGAAAAUGUAUACCUAUCAAAGCAUGGUGGUGGAGCUGGUAACAACUGGGCAUCUGGAUAUGCUCAAGGAGAGAAGCUGAAUGAAGAAGUGUUUGAUAUUAUCAAUAGAGAGGCAGAUGGCAGUGAUAAUUUAGAGGGCUUUGUAUUAUGUCACUCAAUAGCUGGUGGCACAGGGUCUGGAAUGGGAUCAAAUAUAUUGGAGCAUCUCUCAGACAGAUUUCCCAAGAAACUAGUCCAAACAUACAGUGUCUUCCCAAAUUUGGAUGAAAUAAGUGAUGUAGUAGUACAGCCAUACAACUCACUCCUCACGCUCAAGAGGCUAACAGAGAGCGCAGAUUGUGUGAUGGUACUGGACAACACUGCGCUCAAUCGUAUCGCUAGUGACCGAUUGCAUAUACAGAACCCGUCUUUUGCACAAAUAAACACUCUUGUAUCUACGAUUAUGAGCGCCAGCACAGCUACGUUGAGGUAUCCAUCAUACAUGAACAAUGAUCUGAUCAGUCUAGUCGCGCCUCUGAUUCCGACACCGAGACUGCACUUCUUAAUGACUGGCUACACUCCACUGUCUGCAGACCAUGAACUGAACACUGCGCCGAAAAUCCGCAAAACCACAGUCCUAGAUGUGAUGCAGCGCCUCCUCCAGCCCAAGAACAUGAUGGUGUCCCUCAGUCCUGACCGCGCUAAUCAACACUGCUAUAUCUCUAUUUUAAACAUCAUUCAGGGUGAAGUGGACCCGUCGCAAGUGCACAAGUCCCUUCAACGGAUCCGUGAACGCAAGCUAGCGUCGUUCAUCCCGUGGGGCCCCGCAUCCAUACAAGUGGCACUGUCUCGCCGCUCGCCCUACGUCACCUCCUCGCACAAGGUCUCCGGCCUGCUGCUAGCCAACCACACUAAUAUAUCUUCCCUGUUCGACCGGUGCCUGCAGCAGUUCGACAAGCUGCGCAAGCGCGAGGCGUUCAUCGACGUGUUCCGCAAGGAGCCGAUGUUCAAGGAUUCGCUGGAGGAGUUCGACGAGUCGCGCGCGGUGGUGGACGAGCUCGUGCGCGAGUACCAGGCGGCCGCCACGCCGGACUACGUGCACUGGAACCCGGGUGAGUGCACGUAGUGUGUGUUGCACGUACAGCCCAUGUUCGAGCACUCGCUGGAGGAGUUCGACGAGUCGCGCGCGGUGGUGGACGAGCUCGUGCGCGAGUACCAGGCGGCCGCCACGCCGGACUACGUGCACUGGAACCCGGGUGAGUGCACGUAGUGUGUGUUGCACGUACAGCCCAUGUUCGAGCACUCGCUGGAGGAGUUCGACGAGUCGCGCGCGGUGGUGGACGAGCUCGUGCGCGAGUACCAGGCGGCCGCCACGCCGGACUACGUGCACUGGAACCCGGAGAGCAGUCAGAUAUAAUAUUGACUUCUGAAGCCAAGGACACAAAGCUUCCAUGAAGGCAUUCCAAAGGAGACUGAUGCCGAAGUAUUCUCAGUUGUGAAGAAGUGCCAUUGUGUUGUUUAUUAUUCUCGAAUUUGUUAACCCCGCUCUCGCCUGUAGUUGUAAAAAAUAAGUAUUUUAUUGCCAUUAGUUGUGUUAUUCACUAACAUGACACUAGUUUUUAAUUAAAGCAUAUCAAUUUAUUAAGGCUUAGGUUUAGGACAACCUUAAAAACAAGUAAUGGAUCCCUAAAAAAUAAGUAUUAAAGAUCUGGACAUUUUAAAUGUACAUAACUUCAUGUGAAUAUUUAUGUUAUGUUAUGAUUUGGAUCACAAAAUAAAAGCCAUAAAUUUUUA